AUGGAGGAACUACCAAAUGAACUGCUCCUCCAAAUCUUCGGCUACCUGCACACCCCGCCAAUCACAGACUUCAGUUCACCAUAUGUAGCCGAUCGCUCGCCAGAUCUCCAUGUCUUGAGUCGCGUCUCUCGAAGACUUAGAGAUGUUGCCGGGCCGCUCGUCUACGAAUUCAUAGAGAGAGCAGGUGAUGUGAACAGUCUGGCCUAUCGUCAGCUACCACAAACCCUGCUCGACAAUAUGGAGCUGUGCCGGUACAUUAAGAGUAUAAGACUGAAGAUGGAGGACGGCUUUGAAGCUGGUGACUUCUGGGCGGGCCACGUCAUGAUUUCGGGAAACGAGAGCGGGGACGAGGAGCGAGUGGACUACAAUGAAAGACACUGUCGCUAUCAAAAGCGACGUCCGUGUGACGCACAAGAAAGCGAUGAAAAGGGAGGUGAUGAAGAAGUGGAACAACUGCCAACUGAUACCCCAGAGCACUACAAAUGGCUUGCCAAGCUCAUCUCAGCCAUGGACAAUGAUCAAGAACAUGCUGACGAUCAAGACCUUCUUCAGCGAGCCAUCCUUGGUGAAGAUGUACUACUUACACCAUGUAUCCUCUCUGCACCUAAUCUGGAGCGCCUCUGGAUCCGCUUACCCAAAUUACAGUUGGACUGGAAUUACACAAGCUUCUUGCUGAACAGCCUCUCCUAUAGUGCUCACACGGGUGGGUUUGAAAAGCUCAAAGUCCUUCAUCUUGACGUGUACCAAAGUGGCCUCGAAUGGUCAGUCAGCCAAGUGCUGCCUUUGUUUCGUCUUCCUAAUCUGGUCGAUCUCACGCUUGGGAAUUGCGGUAGCGUGAGCUUUGACAUCGACUACAAUAUCAGGUCUAGGGGUUGGGAUGACUAUGAGUACCAUCAUGAGUUCGAGGCGGUGUAUUGUGAAAUUGGCGUCCAUAAAGAUACCGAGCCAGAUAAGAACGACGCGGCGUUCAUGGGAGAGUCCUGGAUAUGGCCUCUUCGCACGUCUUCGAUCACUAGGCUAUCGCUACUAUCUCCGCGUUUUAGUGGAUCAGUAAUAGCAAACAUGCUACUUGCAUGCAGAGUAAUCACUGAGUUCGAAGUGGUAAUGCCCUACAAGCAUGCACCUUUUGACAUCACGUUCUGGCAGGACGUUGGUACAGCCCUUCUUGGACAUAGCGAUACUCUUGCCAAGUUGUCACUUGGUGAUCAACUAGCAAACAGCAAGCGUUCUCGUCUGUGCAGUCCAGGCGUGUUUCGCAUCGGCUCCUUAUUGACCUCGCUCAAGUUCUUACGAGUCAAUCCGUGCACCAUUCUCGGCUACAACGAAACACAAUUGAACACUUGUGGCUUGACCUAUCCUGCAGUCCAUUCAGGAUAUAUCUCGACCCAUCCUUCAGAGGUCUGUUUGAAGCUCGUCGAAACGGCCGAUUUCCUCAUCUGA